AUGCUUUCAUUACAAUCAUCAUCAUCGCUACUUAAUCGAGCAUCGUCCUCUCCUUGUCUAUCAUUCAAUCGAAUCAAAUGCGGUAUCAAUUUACCAAAAUUAUCAAGAAUUUCCUUAUUCUCAGUUCAAAAAGCAUUUAAUAGAUGUAUUGUAAUAAAGGAAAAAACCUCAACAAUAUUGCAAAAGAAUAUUGGAAGCAUAAAUGAAGAUGAUAAUGUUGAUGAAAAUUUAUACAAUUUUACAAACUCUAAUAUUGCUACUAUUAAACUCUAUGCAAUCUUAGAAGCAGUACGUGACAGAAUUGAAAUGCAUAACAACAUAGGACAACAACGUGACAAUUGGAACAUUCUUUUAUUAAACUCAAUCAACAUGAUAACACUCACUGCUUCAACCAUGUCUGCUAUUGCAUCUUGCUCUGAAUCUGAUGAUAAACCUCUUUUGGCUUUGAAACUAUCUUCUUCUCUGUUGUUCUCUUUCGCCACCGGAAUGUUACUUGUCAUGAACAAAAUCCAACCUUCACAACUUGCAGAAGAACAACGGAACGCUACAAGACUCUUUAAACAGCUUCAUUCACAAAUCCAAACAAAAAUCUCACUUGGUAAUAGUAAUCAUACUGAAGGUGAUGUAAGUGAUGCAAUUGAGAAAGUUUUGGCUAUUGAUAAAGCUUAUCCACUUCCUUUGUUGGGAGGAAAAAUGAUAGAGAAAUUUCCAUCCAAAUUUAAAGCUUCUUGUUGGUGGCCAUGUCAUAGGAAAAUAACUAGAGUGAAUUGCAAUAAGAUAGAGAGUAAUAUUAAUGGGUGGGAUUUGGAGUUGGAGAAUUUGAUGAAGGAGAUUAUUGAAGUGGUGAAGAGAAAAGAUAUUGAAGAUUAUGAGAGAUUGGGAAAUAUGGCAUUAAAGAUUAACAAGAGUUUAUCUAUUUUAGGACCUUUGUUAACAGGAAGUGCUGCCAUAGGGUGUUUCUUUGUAGGUGGUGAUGGAAUGCUGGUGAAUUUCAUUCCUGUUUUUGGUGGCGGUUUGGCUACUGUUGUCAACAGUUUUGAGCAUGGAGGACAAGUUGGUAUGGUGUUUGAAAUGUAUAGAAACUGUGGUGGAUAUUUUGAGCUUUUGGAAGAGAUGGUGGAAGAAACUAUUGAAGAGAGAGAUUUGAAUAAGAGAGAAAAUGGAGAGGUGUUCGAAAUGAAAAUGGCUUUGUCUUUGGGAAGAAGUGUAAUAGAGAUGAGAGAACUUGCCUCAAAAUCUGCUUCAUGUCGUGUUGAAGAAUGUGAGAUAGAUGAAUUUGCCAACAAACUCUUCUGA